UUGAAGGCUUCCCUCCUCUGACCCUGUUUCCUUUCUGCAUGAUUUGUGAUUUGAGAAAAAGGGACAUACUCCAUAAUGCAAGACUGCUUCGUCCUGUUGACGUUCGCACUGAAAGAUUGCGCUUUUCAAGAAGCCUCGGGGUCCCUGUAGUGUUUCAUUGUGUGUCUUUCAUCCCUCCCCUGCACAGCCUCGUCGUGCAGAGGGGAGAGCAUCACACACAGGGCUGUUGGCUACAGUCGAGAUUGGGCACAGGCGUCCUCCCGGCACACUUGCUUCGCCUUUACGCGCACCAAUUGUCUACGACAGCUUCCCUUUAAAAACCGGGGCAGCACAAAUAUGAAAGAAAAAAUCCGAAAGUGCCGGUGUCAAAACACAUUAAGCUUUACCUAUUGCGGACAUGCAGGCAGACUCUGGUGUGGCUGCAGCUCUCAGAGAGAGAGAGAGGGAGAGAGAGAGAACACUCGCUCGGAUCCUGCUGGAGAGGAGAAUAGCGUCAGUCGCGCGGCUGCGCUUUGCGCGUUCACGUGGAAACCUAUAAACGGACGUGGGGGCUGAGGGGUUCUGGAGAGAGGAGAGGAGGAUACUCGCGGCGGAGGAGAGCAUCUGUAGAGCGGCGGGAGACACGACAGGAAUGUUCAGAAUGACUUUGACUGAAACUUUUCUCCUCUCUUCUUUGUAACACACAGCAGUUCAACUUCGCCGUCCACAGUGACAUGUGAGCGACAGAGUCCAGCCAUGCAGCUGAAUAAGACUGGAGUUCAAACACUGGCUCCGGAGCCGUGUGAGCAGCACAUCUUACAGGCGGACAACCCUGGGAACUCCAUCAGAGACUCCACCGGCAAUCUGUCGCUGCACUGCUGGCUGCAGCUCCUCACCAGGGAAUCUAUCAUGGAAUUUCAAGGAGACAGCUCGAGUCUGGUGGUGCGUGUGAUGAUAGCGUGCGUCUACUCCAUAGUCUGCGCACUCGGGCUGGUGGGAAACUCACUGGCGCUGUAUCUGCUGCACUCACGUUACAGGCAGAAGCAAUCGUCCAUCAACUGCUUUGUGAUGGGCCUGGCGAUCACAGACCUGCAAUUUGUUCUCACGUUACCUUUCUGGGCCGUGGACACAGCCCUGGACUUCCGCUGGCCAUUUGGCCGGGUGAUGUGCAAAAUCAUCAGCUCUGUCACCACCAUGAACAUGUACGCCAGUGUAUACUUCCUCACAGCGAUGAGCGUGGCACGCUAUUACUCCAUCUCCACUGCACUGAAGAUGCACAGCAGGCGCACAGCAGCUGCCAGGGCCAAGUGUACGAGCCUGGGCAUCUGGGCUGUCUCUCUGUUGGCCACUUUGCCUCACGCCAUCUACUCCACCAGUGCCCAGGUGUCAGAUGAGGAGCUCUGCCUAGUGCGCUUUCCAGACUCCGGCAGUUGGGAUCCACAGCUUCUGUUGGGUCUGUACCAGCUGCAAAAGGUUCUGCUGGGCUUCCUGAUUCCUCUGAUCAUAAUCACAGUCUGCUAUCUACUGCUGCUGCGCUUGAUCCUCACCCGACGAAUAGCCGGUGCGGCGGGCACCGAGACUGAGCAGGGUCGGCAAACUCGUCGCUCCAAAGUGACCAAGUCCAUUAUCAUCGUGGUUCUGUCCUUCUUUCUGUGCUGGCUUCCCAACCAGGCGCUGACUCUGUGGGGAGUGCUCAUAAAGUUUGACCUUGUGCCUUUCAGCAAGGCUUUCUACAAUGUGCAGGCAUAUGUCUUCCCCCUGACUGUGUGUUUGGCUCACACCAACAGCUGCCUGAACCCUGUGCUCUACUGCCUGGUUCGCAGGGAGUUUCGAGCUGGUCUCAAGGAACUUCUCCUCAAAGCCACUCCGUCGUUCCGGAGCCUGACCCAUCUGCUGCGUCGCAAGGCCAAAGUGGCCGAGGCGCCACCAGUCCUGGUGCUGGUCCAAAUGGAGGUCUGACCAGAUGACUUACUUACUGUGACAGAGCAGCUGACGGAGUGAAUUGUUGGCUGGCAGAAAAAAAGCUGCCUUAAACACCAUUGAUCUGGAACUAUUUAUCAUGAGGGUGCGUUCAUGUAAUCCCCUGUCAGCGCAGAAACCUGAACAUAGGUGUGACUUUGAGAACAACACCAUCAUAAAGGACCACCCAUUGGUAUGCGCCCCACUUUCACUGCGAGCUCCAGGAUUCACUCUUUCUGCAUCUGACAGGCAACACUCUGGUAAACUGUCACAAAUAUGUAUAAAUGUCAAUCAUUAAUGAGAUUUAAAUAGUUGCAGCUCUAAGGCACAUUUCAGAUGAGCUCAGUUCAGUCUGAUAGUGAACUAAAAAUAAUCAUCGUUUUAUGGUUCAAUCCUGUACAAUGUGUGAUACAGUAAAAGCAAAAUAGAGAAAAUAUAAUUUAAAAUAUGGUAAUUUAAAUCAUAGGCUUACAGUGUGCCGUAUUUGCUUCAUAUCCAAAGACAAUAAUGGCAAAGUAAAUGAAAAGCCCAGUGGUGCACAGUUGUUUAAAAGUGAGAAAAUAGUGAGUACUGGACAACAAUUAUGCAAUUUAUAGCCUGCAUGGAAACCAGACCAAUCUGCACAUCCAUGUUUCUAUCCGUCCUAAAACUGGUCUCGCCAAUCAACAGAAUUUACCUAAAAUGGAGUGGGUUAGAUAUAAUGGCUGACAGUGGAGGAUUAACAAUAACAAGUGAAGAUUUGUUGAAUCCACUACAUAAACAGUAUUUAGUGAACUGGACGGUACAUUUUUACAGUGCUCUGCGCUACGUCACAUAGCUAAUUGCUCUGAAAGGAUGAAGGUCUGUUCUGCAGCCGUUGAACAAGCCCCUGGGAACUUGUAAAUUAACUGAAAGGUUCCAGACCCAUUCAGGGAAAUAUAUUCUGCUAGGAACAAAGACUUGUACAAUAUUUGUUUUGUUCAUUGUCUUUGUGGCAAGUUUCCUGCUCAUGAAAUUGUGAAAAAAUAUACAACAAAAAAAUCAAUAAAAAGCACAAGAACUGAAACACAUUUCCUAUCCUUUCCUACCAGGCCAUUCAUCUGUAAAAAUGUAGCAUUUCUCAACAGGUCCGUCCAUUGAUGCCAACGCCAGCCGUUCCUUCUCUGUUCACAUAACAAAAUGUAAAACGAAUGUGAUAAUGUGAUCUGCUGUAAAUAUGUUGUCGCUCUUUAUUCUCUGAUGACUGUGACUGAAAUCAUGGUCGUUUAUAGAGGACAUUUGUUGAUUUGAUGUUUCAUUGAAAAAUUGCAUGGACUUAAACUAUGUAAAUGAAA